GAAGCAGAGCCAUGUACCCCACACUCCUCAGGGUCCUGAGUCUCGGAUUCUGUGUGAGUCUGAGGAUCUGGGAAGCUGUGGCUGAAUUUGAGAAGCCCUCUUUGUCAGCCUGGCCAAGCCCCGUGGUUGCCUUAGGACAGACUGUGACUCUCCAGUGUCACUUCCGUUCUCCACUUCAGAGAUUCAGACUGUUCAAAACAGAUGGGACCAGUUUGUUCGAGCUCCAGGGAAAUCAUUUCAACAACUUCACCCUUGGCCCAGUGACCAGAGAACAUGCUGGGUCCUACACGUGUUCUGGAUUCUCCAGGUUUCUCCUUCUGUUCCCCAUAUACAGUGAUACGCUGCAGAUUGUCGUCACAGGUGUGUUCACAAAACCCUCCAUCUCAGCCCACCCAGGCCCCCUCAUGAAGGCGGGAGAGAAUGUGACCCUUCGCUGUCACUCACCACUGUGGUUUGACAAGUUUAUGCUGCACCAGGAAAACAGCACAGGGCAUUUCCAGAGACGUGGAGAGACGCUCACAGGCAGGAAUGCCUCAGCUGACUUCUUCAUUGGCCCCAUGACUUUGGCGAGUGUGGGCACCUACAGAUGCUACAGUUUUCUCAGCCACUCCCCCUAUGAGUGGUCAGCCCCCAGCGACCCCGUGGACAUCGUCAUCACAGGUCUGUUCAAGAAACCCUCUCUCUCAGCCCAGCGGGGGCCCGUGGUGAGGUCAGGAGAGAACGUGACGUUGCUCUGCAGCUCCGAGCGCACCUUUGACCAGUUCCAUCUGCUCAGGGAGGGGGAGAACCUUGGGCGCCCGCUCACUGGAGGGCGGGGCCCCCGCGGAGCACUCCAGGCUGAGUUCCCUCUGGGUCCUGGGACCCCAGCCCACAGCGGGGCCUACAGGUGCUACGGCUCCUUCACUCGCUCUCCCUACACGUGGUCAGACCCCAGCGACCCCCUGCUCCUGUCUGUCACAGAACCCACUACAAGUACUUGCCCAUCAACCAUGGAUCCACACACCACAGAAGAAGCACGGCUUCCUCAAGGCCACUCCAGCCAGCUGCACCUUCUCUUUAGGCUCUCUGUAGCCUUCAUCUAUACCAGCCUCUUCCUCGCUGUUCUUCUCUGUCACUGGUUACCCAAAAAAUGUUGCCAUCAUGGAAGGAGAGCCCCAGGAAGAUCAAACAGUGAGAGGUGGGGACCCUGCAGCAGAAGAUGUGAUAUUCGCCCACUUGAACCACAGGAGCCUCUCUGAGAGACUGUUCACUCCCACUCCCCUGAGCCCCAUGCACCCCUCCG